GGAAAACAACCUACAGGUUUCCCCCCUUUGUGUCUGUGGCUUUUUGCUUUAAAAGAUGGACUGUAACAGCUAUCAGAGGUCCUUCAUAUCCUGAACCUGAAGGGCCCUGUCAUGACAGAAUAAAAAUCCUCUUGCUUUUGCAUCAAUUGUGGUUAUGUGAGUGGUGUCUGGAGCAACUCCUCCCUGAUGUUUGGAUUUCUAGUCCAACACCGGUUAGCAUGAGCUACAGCGUGAGAUCCUGUCUUAGAAGAGGAGGAGGAGGAAGAAAGAGACAGAAGAAUUUGAACUUCAAAGUAGGCCCAACACAGCUCAGCCAAUUGGACAGAAGUGGGGGACAAUGAUUGGCUAACUUAACAAUAAGUUGUCCCAACAAUAUUCUUAGAGCCCCCAAAAUGAAAAAAUGAAUGGCCAGAACCAGAAAAAUCUUGAAAAGCACCUGAGAGGGAAGGGUACCACGCCUUGCCUGUGACCAAAUUGCAUUGGUGUUCAAGGCCGCUGCAAAUAAGCAAAAACUCCAAAUAAGCAGCAGGAUGCAGAACAGACAAGCUGUUCUCCAACAGAAAGGAACCAAGAGUUGACCUGGCCACGGCUUCAUCAAACAUGUGGGAACUGCUGCUGGCUUGGGAUAAUCCUAACCCAUCUGGCCUACCCAUCCUCAAGCACUUGCCAGAAGGAAGAAAGAGAGGUUCGCCUUUAAGGGCUGAUAGCCAGGUACCCAUGGCAGUUCUAUGACAGUUGGAACCCACAGUUGGUUGGCACGGCUUGAUUGGCACAGGUUGGUACGGAGACUCUAAAGAGGAGUGAACGGCCCAGAGAAUCUGUGACGGAGGAAAUAGGAUGCAGAGCUGGGCAGAGGGUUUAAGAAAUGACCUGUGGGGGAGGGGCGUGGGAAAGGACUCAGUGGAGAAGCAGCUGAUGGAAGCGGAGCCGGAGAGAGGGAGCCGUGAAGGGGGCACCUUCCUCUGCUGCUCUCACUUUCGUCCCAAGAUGUCUGACAGGAAGAGUUCAGGGGGCGUAGUGCCCAUGAUCCUGCAGUUGGGCAGAAAUUCCGCGAAUUUCUACAAGGGGCAGACAACAUGGCUUGUCAUCUCUUUCCUCUUCCUUUCCGUCAUGUAUAUAUCGCAAAUGCCCUGGUUUAGCAGGAAGAAAGACUUUCAGUGCCAUGGCAACAUCUCUGACGCCUGCUUAGCUGACUGCUACAAUAAACAUUUCUCCGUGUCUGUGGUCGGAGUUUGGAACACUUUUGGCUUGACUGUCUAUUCCAUCUUUUUUAUGAUGGAGUUUUCCGUCUUUCAGAAUUUAAAUACAAGCUUAACACAUCCGCAGCGGUCCUUGGAGGAAGAGCCACCCAGCGGCAUGCUCCUUCGUGAAAAGGAUGCGGAAAGCAAGGAAGCGAUUUCCACCUUGUCCAAGGAGAAGCUCCUGAUGUCUGUAUUCCUGUUCUAUUAUCUGCUUCAGAUGGCCAUACAAGGGACCUUCCUGAUCGUCCUAUGGCACUAUCAGCGGUCCCUGAUUAAGGAAGACAUCUGGUGCCACACAACCAUGUGUCCCGGGCCAUUCUUGUGUGUGUUCCUGGGGGUCCGGGAGAAGUUAAUGUCUGUGGCACUUAUGACAAUGUUCUCCGUGGUCAUCAUAAUCUUCUGCUUUAUAUUCUUCCUCUAUACCGUCAGUCUAUAUGCUCUCACCAGUGUAAUUCUGAGGGACACAGAAGCUAGAGCCCAGAAGUGUCUGGAUGGCCACUGACCCUGGAAUAGAAAUAAAACUGGACUGGUUUUCACGGUUCCCUAAUGCUCUUGUCUGGGAAAAACCGCAACUGCAGUGUGACAAACUUGACUCUUCUUAUACAAGUAAUUGUUUCUGUUUAUUUAUUUUUGAAGUGUGUGGGUGUUUUACCUAUGUAUGUAUCUGUGCAUCAUGUAUGUGCACUUCUGCAGAGGCCAGAAGAGCAUGUCAGAUCCUCUAGGACUGGAGUCACCGACAGUUUGGGGCUGGGAAUUGGGUGGAGUCUGUGAAUUGAACCCAGAUCCUCCGAAAGAGCAGCUAGUGCUGAGCCAUUUCUCCCAUUCCCAGCAAUUAUUUCUUUUCCUUUC